AUGCCAGGUAGACCUAAAGUUAAUAGAAGAAAGGAUUCAAGUGAAAGGGGUGCUAGACAUACUGUGUCAAAGGUUGGGAAAAAGAUUAUGUGUAGUGUAUGCAAACAAGCAGGACAUAACAAGGUUACAUGUUCUAAAUCUGAAAAGCCAACAAAACUAAAGCCAACAAAACUAAAGCCAACAGAUGAGGAAGGAGGGAGGGGUAAUAAGGGCAUUAAUGGAAAAGUUAGGGAAGGAAGUAGUGGUAGGAAGAGAAAGGAUGGUAAAGAUGAUAUAGGAGGGAGGGGUAAAAAGUUGCAUAAUCAACGAUUCCGGUAUUGCUUGGUACACCAAUCCGAUUGCCAGUGCCCAGACGGUAUAGUUGGUGGAAAAAUUUCCAGGCACAUUGAAGAAGUUUCUUCUCCGGUUAUUAUACAAGUGGCCAGAAAAGAUGCUGAAGAAUUUGUGCCCGAUUUUGAGCUUGUUCUGGUGAUUACAGCCACUUGGCAUAGCCCACAGUUUUUGCAAUGGAAGUUGGGCUGGUUAUGGAACAUUGAGUUCAAGGUGAACUACCAACUGUGGAAGUCAGAGGAAUAA